UCAGCCUUCUUGGCACCUGCCACUGCAGGCUUGCGUGGCACACUGCAAGAUCCGGUGGCGACAAUCAUAUCGAUAAGUCAACCACUAUGAGAUCCCGAUGCACCCGAGUCCUCCCUUCCCUUCCUUCCUCUUUACAUCCACGAGGCCUUUCGGGCAGUAAGACUACCGAAUUGCUCAACACCAUGCCUCCCACAGGGGGGACUUGGGCGACUGCCGCCCUUCGUUUCAUGGGCCAGCACCUGGUCAAGAGCACCAACUUGAAGGUCGCCGCCAAGAUGCUGCGCUCCAAACUCGCAGCCGCCACCCGCGCUCCGCAUGCCGCCAAACUCCAACCCGUCCCUGUCCGCGCCGCCCACAACGGUCGCCAGCCCAUCCAUCCCGCAGCCUGGCUUCGCCAGCAAAAGCGCGCCGGCGGGGUCAAAUGGUACUCCUCCUCAGCCAACCUCAACGCCGCCAUCCGGCGCUUCCUCAGCAGCGGAACCAACAACUCCUCCUCCGCGCAACCCCGCUUCGACCGCUCCAAGUUCCCCAUCUCCAACACCUCGCGCCUCGUCUCCCAACUCACAGGACGUGCGCCCUUCGCCUCAACGCUCCGGCCCAACCUGACAGGCGGCGCCCUCCCCCGCACGGCAGGGGGGUACGCACUCCUCCCGGGGUCCGGACGGGUCGGCGGAGCCCGCUAUUUCAGCCACACCCCCGCGUCCCCCGCGCAGGUGGUGCAGAACGUCAGCCAGGCGAUGCGCGCAUUUUGGCUGUCGGGCCAGCGCAUGCGGUAUGACGGCAUCGGCCCGGACGGCGAGAGGCGCUACCGCGCCGUGAGCGCGCUCCAGGAGGAGGCCCGUCUCCGUAUGGAAGCCGCGGCAGCAUUCCCGCGCAGAGUUUCCUCCCCGGGUGCCUUUGUCGAUUUCCGCGUCAGCCCUACCCUCACCGCGCUUAGUCCGCUGGGUGGCAAGGGUGCUGUGAAGGUGGCCGACCAGGAGGCUGCUACGCUCCAUGCAGAGGGUUUCCUCGACGUGCUGUCUGUCGAUUUUGCGCGCGCGCUCAAGGAUCUCGCGGCUGUCAUGACGGAUCUGAAGUGUCUGGCUGGGCUGGGUGACAUGCCGGUUCGGCUGGAGAAGGACGGGGUGUUGCGGGUGCGCUUCCCGGGUCUGGAUGCGGAGACAGUCGAGCGGCUCUGCGACGAUGUGGGGGUCAAGCGGGGCGUCGUCGGGCAGGAUCCCGAUUUUGAUGCCAGCGCAGGGGUGGCUGUCGCGCUGCGCUUCCCGUUUGCGCCGGACGCGAGCCGAGAACACACGAUUACCUCGCCUGGUGGCUCGCUCAGGUCGCGCGAUUCCGGGUCGUCGACGUCAGAUGUUGACGAGGCAUUUUUCGCGGACGAGGUUGCGGAGAACCCUUGGCUGUUGUCUGAGGACGAGCACGAGGAGGGAUAUGAGAGCAUGUCGCCGCCGGUUUUGACCAGCUCGGGGGAGCAUUGUUCUGAGGAUUUUGAGGGACUUGAGGGCAUUUACCGGUUUCUGGAGGAGUGCGAUCGCGCCAGAAGGCGCUCCUAGCAUCAUUCGUUGUCUAUGUGGUGGACCGGCGUUGCGUGAUGGGAUACAAUCUGGUAUGGCUUUGAACGGACCUCUCGUUUGUCAUUUUCAGCCAGCUUUGGCUUUCGCCAAAUGUGUUAUUUUCAGAUAUUUCCGGGCAAUAGGGGUAAAGAUACCCUGGGCCAACAGUUUGCCCGACCCGUAGCCGAAAGGAACAAUAAAGGACGACAUAUCAUUCCCUUAUGACUU